AUGACUGUACAAUCCAACGGUCACGGAGGUGCCAUUGAUGCCGUCGCAGCCCAGGCCGCGCUGGUCCGUUCCCAACAAGAACGGCGGCCCAUUGAAAGCUUUGGUCACCUUGCAGACUUCGACAAGAAGGAUGCUCCCGUCGUCACCAUGUUCAGCGGUGGCCUGGACAGCACCUACCUGCUCCUCAAGCUCCAGCAGCUCGGCUACACCAACAUCCACGCUGUUGCGGUAGAUGUUGGAGCUCCUGUGGAUGAGGCAGGACUUACCAAGCACGCUGCUCACUUCGGAGCAUCGUUCAAGUGUCUCGAUGGUCGUGAGCUGUUCGUCAAAGAUGGAGUCAUGCCAGCCAUUCGCGCUCACGCAUCAUACAUGCGCAUGUUUCCCAUCAGUAGCUCCAUCACCCGUCCGGUCAUCGCUCGUCUGAUCACAGACUACGCCAAUUCCGUGAAUGCAGGCUUGCUUCUCCACACUGCAAACCUCUCGCAGAACAGUCUUCCCCGACUGAACAACUGCAUUCGUCUCUAUGGCUUCUCUGGCAAAUUCGGAAGCCCUUACGUCCACUCCGUGACCUCGCGCGAGAAGAAAGCCUCAGAGUUAUCCGCAGCCGGCCUGUCCAUCAUGGCUGAGCGCAAGCUAAGCGGAGACGAGAACCUAUGGUGUCGAGAAUUCGAAGACGGUCCGCUAGGCGACCCAGAGGGUUUCAACAUCCCCGAAGAAGCCUACGAAUGGACGCGGCGCAGCGGUGACUACGCCCCCGAGAAGCUCACCCUGAGCUUCGAGAACGGCAACCUCUCCUCCAUCAACGGCGAUGAGCUCCCACUUAUCGACGCCAUUGCACUCCUGAACAAGGAGGUAGGCAAGUUCGGUCAUGGCCGAUUCGUCGGGCUCGAGUUUCUCUCGACCGACGACAAGGCAUUGGAGAUCCGCGAGGCACCGGCCGCUGCGAUCAUUAUGGAUGCGCUUCGGCACCUCGAGCUUGCUACGCUGGAGACUGAUACCCUGGAGUUGAAGCAGCAGCUGGAGCAGAAAUGGAUCCGGGAAGCGAUUGCCGGUCGCUGGGGUCAUCGGUGUCAUACCAUGUGCGAGGCCGCUAUUGUUGCCGCUUUGGAUGGUGUCAGUGGGAGCAUAACUUACGACAUUGACCAUUCGCGUUUCUUGCCUUGCUCCAUUGUGGCGAAAAAUCCGCGGUAUAUCAGGGAUCGGGACCAAUGGGAACAGGGGCAGGAAUUGCUAUCGCGAAUUUAG